AUCAUAGAUGAUAAUGAUGAUGAUGACGGAGAUGAUGGAAACGAAGAUACAAAUGAUGAUGAUGAUGAUUCUGGUCAAGAUCAAGAUGCCAAUGCAUCAAUUAUUAUUGUUCCAUUGAAAUCGAAUGAAAAAUCAUCAUCAUCAUCGUCGACAACAACGACUACUUCGACUACAACUACAACGACCACGACUGAAAAGCCGAUGACAACGACAACAAGAACAAUUGAAAUGACCGAAACAUCGAAUAAGAAAAAGAAAAAGAAAUUAAAUACCAAUAACACUAGGAACAACCACAAUUCAACACAUCAAAAUUCCAGUAAUCAUCAACAAAAUAACCAUAGACGACCAAAUCGAAAGAAAUCUAAAAGUAGAACAACAACAACAACAACGACUACGACAACAACGAUGAAACCAUCGAUCGAGAUGAUCAACAAUGAUGAAUGGUCAAAUCGUACCUGUCUUAUUGGUGAUGUUUGUGGCCAUAAACAAAUGGGAUACUGUUAUCGGCCACAUGAACCAAAUUAUUUUGAUCUUGCCGAUAUUGAUACGGAAAAUUUUUACGAUCUAUUACUGACUAGUUGUCCACAUUUUUUCGAUGAAGAAGAAAAUUUACGCCAUCCAUUAUGUUGUACGGUAGAAAUGGAAGAUACAAUGGCCAAACUGAUAAUGAGCGUAGAUCUUAUACAACGUUCAUGUCCAUCAUGUUUAACCAAUGUGAAGAAAUUAUUCUGCAAUCUAUUCUGUGCACCGAAUCAACGUGAUUUUGUUAAAGUUAAUCGUUUAAAAGGUGAAAUGGUACUAGAAGUAUCAUAUGUAUUAUCGGAAUUAUUUGCCGAAAAAUUCUAUCAAUCAUGUCAUGAUGUACAAGUUUUCGGUGCCUAUCUAAUGGAUUUUGAUUCAGCAUGUGGUAAUCUAACCAGACAACGUUGUACGGCUAAAGAUUUUCUUGAACAUCUAGGCUCAUUACAAGAGAUUCCAUUUCAAUUUAGACCAAUCAUUAUUUCGGAUCAGCAACCAAAAUCCGUUAUGAAUGAAGAAUGGCCACGUUAUAUAAUGAAUGAAACUGCAUAUGCAUGUGACGAGGCACCACCCGGUCUAUCGGCUUGUCGUUGUGAUCAUUGUGCCAAUAUGUGUCUAUAUGGACAACAUAAUCCACAUUUGAAGAAAAAACAACAACAACAAUCAUCAUCAUCAUCAUCACAGGAUCUCGAACAACAACAACAACAACAACAACAACAAUCCAAUCGUAUAGGUAGACAUACAUCAAUGGAUCAUAAAUCAAUGAUAAUGGCUAAUAGUAAUAAUCGAUAUUCAUCAAUAAUGAAUUCAUCAACGAUGCCAAAAUUACAUUUAUUAACAAUAAUAACAUUUUCGGUAUUUAUUCUAUUAUAUAAUACAAAAAUAUAUAUUAGAUAAACACACACGCACACACACAAACACAGGCACUGAGAAAGAAAAAUAAAAUAAUCACC